CUCUUUCUCUCUCUCUCUCUUUAUUUCUCUUUCAUAAGCCAACUUUUUAACGUGUAACAAGGCGGGCACUGCCUCUCUCAGGCAAAAAAUGGGUUGCAAGUCAGCUGACAAGCCAAAAGCUAAGCACAGGAAGGGGUUAUGGUCACCUGAAGAAGACCUAAAGCUCAGAAACUAUGUCCUCCAACAUGGCCAUGGUUGCUGGAGCUCUGUUCCCAUCAAUGCAGGUUUGCAGAGGAAUGGGAAGAGCUGCAGAUUAAGGUGGAUUAAUUACUUGAGACCAGGAUUAAAGCGAGGGAUGUUUACGCCGCAAGAGGAGGAAACAAUCCUGGCCCUUCACCAUUUGUUAGGCAACAAGUGGUCCCUAAUUGCAAAAAAUUUGCCUGGAAGAACUGACAAUGAGAUAAAGAACUACUGGCAUUCCUAUCUGAAGAAGAGAGUGGCAAAAUUUGAAGAAAUGGAAGCUCAGACGAGGACUCGAUACACCAACUCAAGCUCUGAAAAUACAGAAUCUACUGUGUCUCCACAAAAUCUCACAGACCAAAUUCCAAGCUAUGAAUCCUUCCAGCACAUUGAAAAAUCGUCAAUGACUACUGAUCAAGCUGUUCCACAGCAUUUUGACUUCGCUAAAGAGCCACAUAGAAGCUCACUACCAAAGCUUUUAUUCGCAGAGUGGCUAUCGCUAGAUCAAGAAGGUGGAAGCUUCUCGAAUUCAGGUAAGCCAGUGGCUUCCUCAGAUGGACUUAAUCAUGGUUCAAGUUCAAACUUCCAGGAUCCCUUCAUGAAUGCAUAUUUAUCAAAUGAGGGAGCAUUUGGAAGUGAUUUUCAUGAUGGACUAAGCAAUGCAUCAGUAAAUGAAAUGUUUAGCUCACAAUUCAAGUUCGAAACGCAGAUUUCAGGAAAUGAGUUUGUUGUUUCUAUAUCUGGGGACGACAUAUGUCAUGAUUUCAAUAUCAACGAUGAUGUAAUGUACAUAUAAGGGCAUCGUUCCAUGGAAACUUUUGAAAUAAGCUACUUUCAAGAGAUACCUCACUUCUGUAUCGUUCACAAAUUCUAAUAGUUUAUAUGUGUUUUUGAAAACAAAUUGAACUCUCAAAUAAU